GUCUAUUGAAAGCCAAUUGUGAACUGUAUUAUAAUUUAAUAAAUUUACAUUUUCUAUAAUGGUAGAAAUAAAAAGGUCUCAUAAGGCGGAUGAUGAAAGCCAAAUUAACUUAUUACCAUUAUUUAUGAAAAGUGAUAAUAUCAAUGAAAAACCAGCUGGAGAAAAAGAAGAGGCAGUCUCUGACUUUCGCCGUGCCUUGCCACAGAUUAUAGCCGUAAACAUUCAGAACUUGUUGCAAUUUGGAUAUGGCAUGAUGCAGGGAUUUCCCACAAUUGCAAUUCCUGCCAUACAAAGCAGUCUAGAAAGCAGUUCAAUAACUUUGAACAAGGAACAAAUAUCGUGGCUCAGCUCCAUAAAUUUCAUAUGCACGCCUCUAGGAUGCCUAUUCUCCGGCAUGUUCGCACAGUUUUUUGGAAAACGCCUAGCUAUGCAGUUGGUUAAUCUUCCAAUGUUGGCUGCCUGGCUGCUUUUUCACUAUGCAACCUGCACGGAGCACAUGUACCUGGGUUUAUGUUUCGUUGGCAUUAGCUGCGGAUUGAUGGAAGCUGCGGUAAUAACAUAUGUGGCUGAAAUAUCGGAUCCAAAGUAUAGGGGAAUAUUCUCGGCAUUGCCCACCACCUGUGUCAGUUUGGGAGUUAUUACACAGUUUCUGCUUGGCUCCUUGAUGCACUGGAGGACCGCGGCAAUAGUGAGCACGGUGAUACCCUUAUUUUCAAUGGCCAUGUUGUGCUUUGUGCCCGAGAGUCCAGUUUGGCUUAUACGAGAGCGACGAUUCGCGGAUGCGGUCAAAGCGUUGCAAUGGCUGCGAGGCUGGGUCUCCGAGCAAAAAGUCGAGUCGGAAUUCAAGCAAUUGUAUGCCGAACUCAUUACUCAGAAGUCAGCUAGGAAAGCUGUGGAAGAUGAAGGGCCCAGUUCAAUAGGCCACUCACUGAAGAAGAAGCUGCACAUGUGGCAUAAGCGCAGCUUUAUCGCACCAUUUCUUCUCAUCCUCCUGACCUUCUUCGUAUGCCACUUUUCCGGAAAGACGCCUAUAAGAUCCUAUGCAGUGCUGAUCUUUGCAACGCUUAAGGCUCCCAUCGAUAAAAAUAAUGCGACGAUAUUAUUAGGCAUCUCAGAGCUACUCGCCACAACAUUCGGAGCAGUCUUCAUUCACUCGACAGGCAAAAGGCUUUUAACAUUCACAUCCAUGCUGGGCACGGGUGCAUGCAUUCUGGGAAUUGCAAUCUAUGCUCACUCAUUCGAUAUUAUUGAGCUGACUGGGCUUGUGGUGCAGAAUGAAACAGUCAAUGCCUCAAUUAUUAUGCUCAAAGAGAACAAUUCUAUGCCUCAAGAUGGGCAACUGGUAAGAGAACAACUCACUACGAUACUCCCAUAUAAUUUGGAAUCUGGGUAUAAUUACCUGGAAUGGGUUCCCCUACUUCUCCUUCUGUUCGCCGCCUUCUUUGCCAAUCUGGGCAUACGCAUGAUACCCUGGGUAUUGAUUGGUGAGGUAUUUCCGGCCGAAAUACGCGGUAGCGCCUCGGGAUUUUGUGGCUGCAUUGGUUACUUAUUCGGUUUCCUGGCCAACAAGCUAUUUCUCUUAAUGAUUAGCGUGAUGACUUUGCCCGGAACAUUUGCCUUUUAUGCUAGCGUCUCCUUUAUUAGUAUUAUUAUUCUAUACUAUGUUAUGCCGGAAACAGAGGGUCGCACCCUGGGUGAAAUCGAAGCCCACUUCUCGAAGAAGUCCGACGUUAAUCUGCUGCGUAAGACAAAUAAUGCAUAUUAACAAGAUGACGAAACUAAAGUUAUAGAUAUUCAAUAAAUGCCUUAAUUUGUAACGAAACUAAAUAAAUAAAUUUAAUAUA